ACCCCCUGCAAAGCACUGGGGGAGUUACAGUGCGAAUUGGACUCUGACUGAGUAAAAGUUCGCCCGGGAUUUUCUUGUGGACAGUAGGACAGAUAUACGAAAACAUGGCAAACAAAGGACAGCAGCCUCCCUACCUUCACUUGGCAGAGCUGACCGCAUCCCAGUUUCUGGAGAUCUGGAAACAUUUUGAUGCAGACGGAAAUGGCUACAUUGAGGGUAAGGAGCUUGAAAACUUCUUUAGUCAGCUGGAGAUUGCACGGAGAGGGGCUGGUGUGGACCCCUCAAAUGCAGCCUUUAAAGAGAAGAUGACAGAGUUCAUGCAGAAAUUCGACAAGAACAAAGACGGGAGAAUUGAGAUGUCAGAGCUGGCUCAGAUCUUGCCCACAGAAGAGAACUUCCUUCUCUGCUUUAGACAGUUUGUGGGAUCCAGCACUGAAUUCAUGGCAGCCUGGCGGAAAUAUGACACAGACCGCAGCGGCUAUAUUGAGGCUAAUGAACUUAAGGGCUUCCUCUCUGAUCUGCUUAAAAAAGCAAACAGACACUAUGAUGACCAGAAAUUGCAGGAAUACACACAAACAAUACUCAAGAUGUUUGAUCUGAAUGGCGAUGGGAAACUGGGUCUGUCUGAAAUGGCGAGGCUUCUGCCGGUUCAGGAGAAUUUCUUGUUGAAGUUUCAGGGCGUCAGGCUGACUGCUGAGCAGUUCAAUGCCAUCUUUACAUACUAUGAUAAGGAUGGAAAUGGAUAUAUUGACGAGCAGGAGCUGGAUGCUCUCCUGAAGGACCUCUAUGAGAAGAACAAUAAGGAGGUGGACACUAAGAGCCUGACUGGUUAUAAGCAAAGCAUCAUGGCACUGUCAGACGGGGGAAAACUGUACCGCACAGAGCUGGAGAUUGUCCUUUGCCGGGAGCCCAUGCUGUGAAUCGAGGCUUCCUGACCUCCAUCUCAGCUCUGUUCCAGCUGCCUGAAUACUGUAACCGUGUGCAUGUGCCGGGCACCCCCAUCCCCUUCCCAUCCCCCUCCCUAAAUGAGUUCUGAAUGAGUGUGCACAGAAAAGCACAAAGUCUGUCCUCUCCCCUUCUUUCCUUUCCCUUCCCACAACCCAAUCGCCACUGCUUUCCUUUGCCUACAAACUGAAGCUACUAUGAUGCCCUCUGCUCAAUUUUUAAACUAUAUAUUUAAAGAAGAACCUUUCUGAAGGAGUAGCAGACUAAUGGUAUAAUAUGAUUAGAUAUGUGACAUUUAUUUGGAGUGCUUGGCUUUAAAUUCUUCUGGUUUCUUCCCUUCCGUUUGGUUUCGUCUUCAGUUUGUUUUUGUCCUCAUUUCAUCUUAUUCCUGCCCAAUUAUGUUUGGGUUUGUGGUGUUUGUUUGUUUUUUGGCUGAUACUGUUUAAGGAUGUAACUGAGAGCAUUAAUAAAAGUUAUGUGAUAUAAAUUGUA